AUGUUCAUGGUGUCAGGCGAGAAUUCUACGGAGGAGUUAAAAAGACAACAUCAAGCCUUAAAAAAUGCGUCGGUGAAAUCGAGAAUGGAAAGUAUUGAUUUCACUCCACCCUCGGAUCUGCUGCGGUCAGUUAACCAAUCGAGAGACAAGGGUGCAAGCUGUUGGCUUACCGCAGUGCCUCUUGUCCAUCAAGGUUUAGUGCUGAAUAAACAAGAAUUCAGGGACUCGCUGCGUAUGCCCCUGUCCGACUUACCAAGCAAGUGUGUUUGUGGUGAGAAGUAUACCGUCUCCCAUGCCCUGUCAAGCAAAAAGGGAGGUUUCGUGGCGCAGAGACACGAUGGUGUUCGCAACCUACUUACCUCACUUAUUGGUAAGGUUUGCACCAACGUUGAAGUCGAACCACAACUACAACCUCUCGAUAAUGAGCGAUUCAACCUCAGAACCGCGGUAACAAGCCCGGAGGCAAGACUGGACUUUAAGGCAGGGGGCUUUUGGUCUCGUGGAGUUACAGCAUUUUUUGCUGUCAGAGUAACGCAUGUUAACUCCAAGUACAACCAGGGAAAAGAAACAUCCACAAUCUUUAAGGAGCAGGAGGAGGAGAAAAAGCGGAAGUACCAACAGAGGGUGCUGGACAUUGAAAUGGGAUCUUUCACUCCCCUAGUUUUUGGAACCAACGGUGGGAUGGGAGCCCACUGCAACUGCUUUCUUAAACGCCUAGCCGAGAAGCUCUCAGAAAAGAAUGAGGAACCUUAUCACAUUACUAUUACUUGGAUUAGAACAUUGCUUUCUUUUGAGAUUAUAAGGUCCGUACACACAUGCGUAAGAGGUUCUAGGACACCCUUCCACAAAAUUCCACGAGGGGAUUUCAUUGAUGACUACCGCUUAAACGCCACCCAAGCGUGUGUGAUAAUGGCGUGAGCUCGUUAAUUUAGUUUAGUUGAAAUGACCCGUUUUUUAAUUGAAUUUUUUUUUCCCGAAUAUAUGAUAUUUUUUAAUGACAUGAAUUUUUUUCAGUUGAAAGUAAGUGUCUUUUUUUUUUCUUUAAUCGCUGAAAGGAAUAAUGUAAAUAGAACUUUGUAGUUUUUUAAGUGAAAUUAAUUGUAAAUAGGAAUUUAUAUUUAGCUUUGUUAUCAAUAAAAGAUUUGGGGUUUUUUGGGUUUUAUUAUUAUUACUAUUAAUAUUAUUAUUACAAGUGAUACCGGUAAAAGUAAAUAGCUUCGAGUUUAAAACCUUAAAAUAAUAUGAUCAAAAAGGAUUAGUUUUUUCGUCUUUCUUCGGUGCCGCAUAUUUAUACGACCGAGUCACGGUUGGAGGUUGUUUGCUAUAGUGAGAAGUGAUUCCAUUUGCCUUCAUUGAAAUGGAUGAAUAUGAAAAAUGAUCGCUCUUUUUGAUAUGCAAAUCAUGUCAAAGGGAAAGUAAAAUCAACUAUUACAGCCGAUUCUUAAAUCGCGGCACAGGCCAAUUAAUAAAAUGGAUUUACAUAGAGAGUUGCGAAUUGCUCUAACUGAAAAGAAAACAACAACUUAAUAAUAACAGCCUGCAAACCACAAAGCUGAAACUUAUGUCAUGUUAGGCCCCUUUUAUGAGUACCGAACACCUAUUUUAGUCGAUGAAAGUAAUUAAAUAGGGCAGUUGAUUCAGACGUCGAAUAUAUGAUGGUGCCGAAUUUAACUCCGUUUGUUGUAAAUAUUCCCAGUCUCUAGAAAAUUUUUUAUCCAAUAUGGGUAAGGGUUUAUACAAUUAAUCCAUUAUACUCGGCACAUGUGAAAUGCGACUUCUAAAUCAAAUGUUGAACUUAAGUCGAAUUUUCGACUGUUUCAGUCGCAGAUUCAACAAAGUCGUAUUUAAUUUGAAACUGUCGAAUUUUGGAAUUUAGUUGAUUCAGACGUCCCAUCUCAAAGCAGUUACCUCUAGAAUUAAAUUAGGCACAAGUGAAAAUCGACGAUUGAGCUGGGUAAUGAAACAGUGUCCAGUAUUACUAAAAAUGCCGUUAGAUACGCUAUGAUACAUACCCCAUUUUAUAUAUUCCUGUAAACUUUGCUUUCAAUUUACCACAUUAUGUUUAUACUAGCUAUAUGCACCACAAAGGUAAGAAAAGAGAGUAAAAAGGAGAUUUUUAAAAAAGAGAAAAUAAAAAUAAGGUUUCGAAAAAUUUGCUUCAAGGGGAUUCAGAGAUCAUACCGAAGACCAUAACGAUGAAUACCUACAGGAUUUAGUUCACAAACUUACUACCAAUGCAAAACAUCUUAAAAUAGCACACUUAAACAACCGUGGCUUAAGGAAAAAGGUGGACGAAUUACGAAUCCUUCUAAAGCUUUGCCAUUUCGACGUAUUCGGAGUAUCAGAAACGCACUUGAACAGUGAAAUCAUCGACGGAGAAAUAGGCAUUAAAGAUUACAAUCUCAUCCGAAGAGACAGACCAGGCAGACAAGGCGGGGGCUGUGUGAAAUAUUAUCGCAAGUCGCUGAAAGCAAUCCACCGACCGGACUUGGAAGAUGAACAAGUGGAAGGAAUGUGUAUGCAAGUAAAGCCUGACUCAAGAGACAUCCUAGUAGGAACUAUAUAUCGACCACCAAACCAAAACAGUGAAUUCUUCACAGCGUUUCCAAACUGA